AUGGCUGUUCAGAGGCUGAAGAUCGCCUGCGCUGGCCUCGGCCGGAUGGGAUCCCGUCAUGCCCUCAACUUCCUCAACCGUACGCCCCGUGCAGAACUUGUGGCCGUCUUCACACCGGCUCCCCAUGAGAUUGAAUGGGCACGCAAAGAGCUCGAGCCCCACGGUGUCACAAUCUACACCAGUUAUGAGGAGAUGCUGAAACACCCCGAACUAGCCGCCGUCAUGAUCGCUACUGUGACGGCUGCCCAUGCCGAAGAGGCCAUCAUGGCGAUCGAGGCAGACAAACACGUCUUGUGCGAGAAGCCCCUCAUCAUUAGCACUGACAUCCGUUGUCUAUGCUGCAAGCCGCAUCUGAAGGUCCUUUGUGGCCUUUCUCGCCGCUUUGACAAAUCCUACCGCGAUACCGCCAACUACAUUGAUUCCGGUGGCAUCGGCCAGCCUUCUGUUUUCCGCUCCCAGACCUGCGACAAGCUUGACCCUUCCGGCUUCUUUGUUGCAUAUGCCGAAUUCAGUGGUGGAAUCUUUGUUGACUGCACCAUCCACGAUAUUGACCUGGCCCUGUGGUACUUUGGCCAAGACUCUGUUGUGAAGAGCGUUUCUGCUGUCGGCGUUACUGCUAUCGCACCCGACCUCCGCAAACACAAGGACGUUGACAAUGGCGUUGGUAUCGUCGAGUUCUGGGGCGACAAGAUUGCAUUCUUUUAUGCCUGCCGUAUGAUGGCUGGCGGAGAGCACGACAUGACUGAGAUUAUUGGCACCAAGGGCAAGGUAGCGGUCAACACGAACCCAUCAUCGUCGCUCGUAGAGGUGCACGAGUCGAACGGGAUACGGCGCGAGCUGCCACAAGACUACUAUUCCAGAUUCGAGUAUGCGUUUGUGACUAUGACGAAUGAGUUUACCGCUGCGUGCUUGGAUAAUACUGAGCUGCCAUUCAAGUUAUCGGGUGCCGUGAAGGCUCUUACCAUAGGCUCUGCUCUCCAGGAGAGUAUGAACUCAGGGAAAAAGAUCAAUUUUGAUGAAACCGGUCGUCGGAUUGAUUGA